AUGCAAUGUCCAAGCUGCUACAACAAUGCCCUCACGCCUACGGAGGAAGGCCGAAUGCUAUGCGACGCGUGCGGCGAAGAGUUUGCCGGCUUCCGUCAGGAGGAGAUAGACUUUUACGCCACGGGCACAGCCGUCUCCACGCGCGAGUCGCAGUCCUCUCAAGCCCGCAUCAUUCGCGAAAAGAUCAAAGCACGCCGCGAUUCCAUCGCUGAUGGUCCCCUCUCGCAGUCACGCCCCUUCGUUAACCACGAGCUCCUGCUCUGCGAGGCCGUCAUCCUCUCCGCCAACAAACUCGCCGCUGCUCUCAUAGACCUGCGGUGCGUGUCGGACAGGAUCAUGGCUCCGUUGUUCGAGCUCAUCACGCAUUGGGUUGCCAGACGGCAUGCGGGCAAAAAAGGUGUCAUUGGAAGGGGCACUGUUUUUCGCCCGUCGGAAGUGCUCGCGCUUGUCGCCCUCGCGGCCCUUUAUGUGCGCUCUCCCAUGCUGCCACGCGACCUUUGUAGGAUGGUCGUCGCGGAGGAGGUCCCGUUUCCGGGGUUUGGGAUCGAGGACCUUCCUGAUCACAUUCGUAAGUCGGAGGUGGUGACAGCUUUGUUCGCCCCGAUGGUUGUGCCGGUCCCCGGUGAUGUUGUCGGGGCUGCGAAUAUAUUGGCGCGCGAUCAGCACGCAUGGCCGCCCAUUCGUAAGUUUUUCGGCAACGUGAAGGAGGAGGGCUCGGGCCCUUGCCGAUUUACGGGGAGCUGGGACUCCUUCCCGGUCGCGCACGUGCAAGUGACGUUGUUGAGAUUAUCGAGGUUGCUGGGCUUGCCGGACGAGUUUGGGGCGCGUGUGCUGCGGUUUAUAGAGCUCAGACGGAUUGCCUCGCGUAUGUGUUCGGCGGCCUUGGAGGCCCGGGAUAAGUGGUGGGAAGAGCAAGCUAUGGACACUGUGGUGUUAGGGGAUAACUUGCGGGAAGAAAGGGAAGGCUUACCGAAAAUAGCGAGGAAGACGGCGUAUUUGAAUGAGUUUCCGACGGAUGCAAGCGUCCAAGUUGACUUUAUUAAUACGAUGCGGCUGUGCUAUGGGACUUCGAGAAAGAAAACGGAUGAACGCGAAACGACGAAUAGGGAGCUGAGGAAGGAAUGGGAAAAUUGCAUGGAGGCGAUGGAGACUUGGUUGAGGAUUGGAAAUCCGGAGGAUAUUGAGUACGUGCAGUGGACGCCGAAGACGCCAUCGGAGCUCUCGCAUACGAAGGGAGAGGAGAUUCGAAGUUAUGCCGAUAUGGUGGACAAUCUACUCACUGAUAUGGGUGAAAGCACGCCUGAGUUAUGGGGAAAGUAUGUCGCCGCUUUUGCAGAGAUCGGGGACUCUUGGCAACCGGACAAAGAUCGAAACGAGGAAGGGAACAGAAAAAGGACAUGCGUGUAUGACGUAAAACCUUUCGAAUCCAGAGUACGUUGUAAGAUCCAGGAGGGGAAAGAAGAAAUGGACAAUGAAUGCGGGUAUGAUGUCUUGACAGGUACAAGGCAUGAACGCCAGCCACUUAUCGAAAUGAAGGACGUCUUGCGGCAGAGAGAAAGCAUGAAGAAGAACGAGAAAAUAGGAAAGCGCAAACUGCCUGAACACAGAGCAGCAUCAGCAGGAGAGAAGUCCGGAGACAUCACAAAAGUUAGACCGAAUACGGAUCCCGCUGCAAAAUGCUAUGCCGAAAACAUUGAGAUCAAGAAAGAGCCGGAUACCCACCGUGCGUCGCGAGAAGAAUUUCUGAAGGAGCCAAUGGGCAUCGGACUCUCGUGGACUAUCUUGAGGCAUUUCUUCGCGGGUAGCAACGUUGUAGUCGGGGACUUACACAUUGAGAGACUUCCAAGUUUUGUGCAAAAUGGAUUGCUACAGGCGUGUAACAGUGCAAUGAAGAUGGUGAUCAUGUAUGUGCUAUGGCUAAAAGGGAAGGUAAGGCAUGCGGAGGAUGCAUGAUGUACAAAACCAUCGAAAUGUAGCAUUUAUAUCUGGGUGGAAGAAGUUAGUGGUUGUGAACCGCGUGCUCUCUGAAGCAAGGAAGCGGCCAAAAUUUGAUGCUCCAACAGGUCUCUUCAUUGAAGAGCUCAUAAAGACGACCGGUGUAAUGAUGUGAUUCGAAUUCGUGAAUCACAUCCAUCCGU